AUGUCGGUGGUGAGGAGCUACAGAGCAUCGCAUUUGCAGGUAAAACUGAGAUCGCCGCCGCUGCAAGGCGAGCGGUGGGACGCUCCCUGCCCGCUGCUGCACAUCCAGACCUUCGCCGCCUUCCCCGUGUCCGACCGGCACCUCAGCCGCAGCUCGCUGCUGUCAACUCUCGUCAUGGUUUCAAAGAAGGUGGUGACCAGUUUGCUCCUGGUGUACGUGGUGGCUGUGCUGGCUGAACAGACCGAAGGCUUCGUGCCCUUUUUCACCCAGAGCGACUUCUGGAAAAUGCAGAUGCAGGAAAAGGAGAGGAGCAAAGGAGGGCAGGAGAAAUCCCUGACCUCGCUGCAGCAGCAGGAAGAGGAAAGCUCCUCUGAGCAGUCCAGUGCAGGUGUCAACAAGGCCAAGGCCACCCAGCUAGCUGUUCCUGCCAAAGCCGGGAUGUGGCUCGCCCCAAGGCAGCUGGAAAAAUACCAAGAUGUCCUGGAGAAACUGCUAGCAGAGAUGUUACAGGACACCCCAGACGCCCCCAAGCAGCAGACAGACGGAAAAGGCAAAGGCCUCGAAUACUACCUCUCCCAGUUCCUUUGCCUCGCCAGCUUUGUGCUGCUGCUGAUUUUUCUGGGCAUCCUCGUCAUGAAGAUGGUUGGGUCAGGCUGGCUUGACAGGAGAGAGGACAACUUUAAUCUCUUGCCUGUGGAUUGUGACAAAAGAACGGAUGAUUUCUGUCAAGCUAAACAGAAGGACAUAAUAAUGAACAUACUGCACGAGCUGUAUAACUACUUGUCCAUACAAGCUGGUAAUUUUGAAUGUGGAAACCCUGAGAAUCUGAAAAGCAAAUGCAUUUGGGUUAGUGAAGCAAAGGAUCACGUGGUGAAUAUAACCGGUAGUUCCCCACAGAAGUUUGAAGCUGCCUUGCACUGGAUACUAAACACUAACAAGGAUUUAGGAAUAUGGUUGAAAGGCAGAGACCUUUCGGAACCAGUUACCAAAGUGGAGGAAGUGUUCUGUCUCGAAUCGGCCCAUCCUCAGAUGGGGCUCGGCUGGCCGGGUCGCGCCUGCCGUUUCCGUCGGGCAGUGGUCGCUGCCAUUAUGAACCUUUUCCUGUUUUUCUGGAGUCUGAUAACUCUUUGGGGGAUCCUGAUCUUCCUUAGAUAUCGCUGGCGGAAGAUGGAGGAAGAGGAACAAGCCAUGUAUGAAAUGGUGAAGAAGAUCAUAGCUGUUGUCCAGGACCACUAUAAGGAAUGGGAACGGAAUUUGGAACGUUACCCCUACGUCGGCAUUUUCCACGUUCGGGACAGCCUCAUCCCUCCACAAAGCAGAAAAAAAAUGAAGCGGGUCUGGGAGAGAGCUGUGGACUUUCUGGCUUCAAAUGAGUCACGGAUUCAGACGGAGUCGCACAGAGUAGCAGGAGAAGACAUGCUUGUGUGGAGAUGGACUCAGCCUUCUUAUGUCUCGGACUCGGAGCACUGAAGAGGAGCAGAAGUUGAGCAACUGUUGAUAAGGACCUCUGCAAGGGGACAGUCCCCUCUCUGGUGGUGGGAAAGAGCAGGUCACGGUCCUAACCUCCUAGGGUUGGGGAUUGCACGUAUCUGUUUGCUCUUCUUUCUGAAAAUCUUCACACACAAAAAUUCAGGGCAAUAAUGUUGGCUUGGAAAGAAGAUGCGCUUGAGCUGGUGGGAAGCUAGAAUUGCACCAAAGUUAGCCUUCCAGCAGAUAUCUGGCUUCUGUAGGCAAGCAAACCUAGAACAACUUUUUAAAAAGAAAAA